ACUUUCGUCAAGGAUGUGUGUAUUGGGACGAUGAAAACAGUAAUAACGCUAACAAACAAAAUGGAAUUUUGCCCAGUGGUUCGUAUGGCCCCAACACUCGCAUCGACUACUGUUGUCGAAAAGAUGGUUCAUAUAAGACCUCCAUGUCUCUACCUACCAACAAGCCAUUUUAUCUCCUGAGAUUCAGCGAACCUUGUCAGCGAGUUUCGGGUAUGUACGUCAGAGAGGAGAUCGUUAAAACUGAUGACGAAAACACCGCAAAUAAGAACUACGUCAGAGGAUCGCAUCCCUUGAGAUCUGGUGGAAGUGACCACAUUCUUCAUUAUUGCUACUACUGGAAAUAAUAGUCGUUGCAACUGAAUGUUGGACAAGCGGACAUUUCUAAAAUAAAGAUUUCAUGCAGAUAUUA